AUGACAGUGACUCCGUUCAAAGCGAAGGCCGAGGAACGUGCCAAGUUGACAAAGAAGGAUGAAGAGAAGGAGGAUGUAGAGCGUCCUGCCAAGCGCAUGUGCAGCCAGUAUGAGAAGCAAAUGGCCAAGAUGUCGGGCGGUGAUUUGCAAACUGAUCUCUUGGAAUAUGUGGCUUCCUACCGUGGUGAGCAGGCGUCCCCUGGUCAACACCCUGCAGCAUUGGUGACCGAGAUCUUUGCUAGUGACAGUGAUGACCACAAUACGCUUCACUGCCAACAGCUGGAGGGUUGGUACCAUGACUACGCCAAACUUCGCAACAUGACCUACCUCUUCAAGAAACCGGAUUCUGUGGUGGUGGAUCCAUCGAUGGAUGGAGAGACCAUCAAGGUUCCAAUCACCUGCCUCAAGUUCUGCCCUCCAGAAGACGGCUUCCCAGCGCCCAGCACCUUGCAGCUUGCAUUGCGAUUUUCACGGGUGCUGGAAAUCUAUGAGCAUGAUGGAAGGCAUCACGCAGAUAUGACCACAGAGCAACGAUUGCAAGAUGUCGUCACAGAGUUCAACCAGUCAUCUGGUCUUCAGGCAAAGCACCGAAUUGAAGGCGAUCGGCUUGGUGCAGUUUAUAACCUUUUGACUGGCACAACAGAUGAAUCCCGUGAGAUCAUCCGGGCCCACCUGGACGCCCACAAGUGGGCCUACUGUGCUUUUAGUACUGAACAAUUCAAGGGGGCCAGAUGGAUGCUUACAGCAAGCCCAAAGGCUUCAUCAUGCCCACCAGAGCUGCGCAAGUGCCUCACUGUCACGGCCCACAGUCAGUGUCUUCAUCUGAGACUCGUCAUCAAGAUGUUCCUCGACCAGGGCCGCCGCCUUCGACCUUCAGCGCGGGCCAGGGCUCGGCUGAGCUCUGGCCAUUUUGACCAGAUUUGCGACUUCGCUUGUGUGUUCUCCCAUGUUUGGCAAGAAGCUCGCCUUCUAGCAAGCUGGAAUGAGGAGAAGGAUCAAGCCAUGGAGAAAGCUUUCUUCAUGCGGGACUAUUCGGCAGAGAUUGAGGCAGCAGUGACCGCCAAGCUGAGCUCCUGGAAGCCACAGCACUUGUCUCUAUGGGUGGACCUGGUCGAACCACCAGCUGGACCAACAGCAGUGGCAUCAGCUGUGGAGAUUGUUGAGAUGGAAGAUGCGGCCCAAGCGGCCCGUUUCCGGGAGGUCUCAGCCAAGCUCUCUCAGGACAUUGCAUCGAUGACUGCUUUCAACACUGCAUCGAAUGAGACCAGCAGACGCAGCCAUGUCGUGAAUGUCAUGCAUCAAAAGGCCCAAAUGACAGUGGGGAAGCAGCUUUGCGAGACCUUCAUGGAGAAGCAAUGCAGAAUCAGUUUGGUCACCAAGAAGGAUGGCUUUGACACUGGCUUGGAUAGCUUCAUCCGCUCAGCAGCUGCUAGCCACAAGGUCACUCCAACGGAUGUGGAUUGCAUCCUGUACUUCGAUUGCGCGAAGCUGGGGGUGCUGAGCCAGGCAGAGAUCAAUUUGAUCGGUGACUAUGCAGAGAAGACCUUGUUCCGGAACAUCCAGCGCCUGAUGCUAAGAUCUGUGCUGGUCUUGCUUCCGCCUUUGCUUUGUGGCAGCGAGAGUGGGGGAUCCCUCCGUGGAGACUACAGGUUUUGCACCAGCCAGUUGUGGUUGCGGCAGAGCCUGAACUCAGAGUCCUUCCCCAAAGCUCUGGAUGAACGAAGCUUUGUAGUGCCGGGGGAGGCCUUUUUGUCGCACGACACGCGAAGGUCCCUCACGGACCUUCAAGAAACCGCUCAAUGGUUGGGUGGUGCUGCUGUUUGCCAAUCCAUCUUGGAGUCACUGACAGGUGGCAGGAAGAACUUUCAUGCUGCAGUGGUGUUGCAUCCAACUCUGUAUGAUGGAUGUGUUGAGAUAGCUAGUGUCCGUGCUGGCUUCAGUGUUCUGUCAUCAUCCGGGCAGCCAACCAACCACAACUGUGGCAAGGAGAUUGUGAAGACCCACCUGCUGGAGGCUUGGAAGGCUGGCCGCCCGCCCAUGGACAAGGCCACACCACGCUACAAGCCUACUGUGUGGAGGCUGCGUUUCUGGGCGAAUGAGAAGUGCAUUGCGCCGGCAAAGCCGCUUUACCAUUUGCCUUGCGACCUUGAGCUUGCCAAGGGAUCCUGCAAGCGUCUUGUGUGA